CCCUGCUGGCCUUCUUUUCCCUCGAUAGCUUCUCACGAUUUUGUUGCUGCUCAAGUUUGUUUUCCUCUUGUUUGGCUCAAUCUCAUGAUUCGUGACAGACGUGCGUUCGUUUGCUUGUUUCUGUCCCCCCUCUCCGUGUCUGAUCCCUUCUGUUUGAACUGAUCUGACCCCCAAGCCCUCUCCCCAUUGCCUCUGCUGCUGCUCCGCUGCCGCUGCCGCUGCCGCUACUCCUACUGCUACUCCUACUCUUUGACCGCAUUGCGGUCGAAAAGGCAACCAGACGACUAGUCUCUCGGUCAGACGAAUUCCCACGACGAAACACAGAAGACUCAGGGAACAACCUUGAGCUCGUCCCCGAGUUUGACCCAUCAGCGGUGCGCUCGCACAUGCACUUUGCCAGCUCCUUCUGCUCCACCGGCCCGCCGACCACGUUCGCCCUGUCUUUUUCCCUUCCAAACUUUCAUGAUCGACAACGCCCCCCCUUCCCUCUGACCUUCUCGACGUCUAAUAAACCGAAUUCCUCCCUUUCAACCCACGACUUCCUUGCCUGGUUGUCCUUCUCCGCACUUGCCGACAGCUUCCAAAGUCAAAUUCGCCUUCUCUCUACUCCUCUGUGUCUGCUGGCCCUUACCCCAGCCGACCUCCUUUAAACGACCUGAGACGCCUGCAGUGGCAGCAAGCUUCUGUCAUCAUGGCCGACUCCGAACCAUUCCCUCUUCUCAACACCUCCGUCGACCAAUUGCACUCCGUCGUCGACCAUUCCCUCAACACGUCUCGAACAACGACGACGACGACGACGACGACGACAACAAGACGACGAAAGUCCAGCGCACUUGGGCAAGACAUCCGCGCCGGCGAUACUGGUCCCGCGCUCGCAACCUACGGAGCCAUCGACGGCCCCAUCACGCCUACUGAAUCUACUAAACGCCUCUCAAAACGCCGCCGUGCUCGCGGCGGCCUAUCUCGCAUUCGUCAGGCCAUGACUAGACACACGUACCUCGUGCCCGCCCUCAUCGUCGCCAUCACCGCCGCCCUUUAUGCUGUCAAGCCCAACGAUUCGAAUCCCGUACAUCGCUUCAUAUUCCUCUCGUACCGCUUGCCGCCCGACCCUGCCAAUCCUGGCGCCCCGGCUCAAUAUGGCAAAGGUCUCUGGGACAUUGCCUUUGUGUCCUUUUACACGGUCGUCCUGACCUUUACUCGCGAAUUUGUCAUGCAGGAGCUCUUGCGACCAUUGGCCCGUGCCGCUGGCAUUCGAUCCCGGGGCAAGCAGGCUCGCUUCAUGGAGCAGAUGUACACUGCCAUCUACUUUGGAUGCCUCGGUCCCGCUGGUUUAUACGUAAUGAGUAAGACGCCCGUCUGGUAUUACAACACGCGUGGCAUGUACGAGGACUUUCCGCACAUGACCCACGAGGCCGGCUUCAAGUUCUACUAUCUCUUCCAGGCGGCGUAUUGGGCCCAGCAGGCAAUCGUCUUGCUGCUGGGUAUGGAGAAGCCCCGUAAGGACUUCAAGGAGCUGGUUGGCCAUCAUAUUGUCAGUCUUGCCUUGAUCGGCCUCAGCUACCGCUUCCACUUUACGUACAUGGGAUUGGCAGUAUACUCGACACACGACAUUAGCGAUUUCUUCCUCGCAACGUCCAAGGUUUUGAACUACAUCGACUCGCCCAUUGUAGGGCCUUACUUUUUCCUCUUCAUGUGUGUCUGGAUUUACCUGCGCCAUUUCAUUAACCUUAAAAUCAUCCUCUCCCUCUUCACGGAGUACACCACUGUCGGACCAUUCGAGUUGAACUGGGCCACACAACAGUACAAGUGCACCCUUUCGCAGUACAUCACUCUCGGUCUCCUCGCGUCCCUCCAAGCUUUGAACCUCUUUUGGCUGUUCUACAUCUUUCGCAUUGCGUACCGCUUCCUCCGCUACGAUAUUGCGGAAGACGACCGCAGCGACGCUGAAGCCACCGACGUUGAUGACGAAACCGAGAAGAGGAGGAAGCAAGCCUUGGCCGACGACAAGAGCAAUGGCCACGCUUCCGGACGGAGCAGCAGUGCGCCCAGAGCCAGGCCUACCAAUGGUCACACGAAAUAGGAACAUGAAUACGGAAUUCCUUAUCCGAGGUAUUGAGACGAACCGGUAUUGGUGUCCCUAGAGUUCACGAAGACAUUCGCUUGCAUCUGUGCUAUCACAACUCGCGGCUAUACACUAAUACC